GAGACGACAGCAUUUACCAGCUUCAAUGCUUUUUCAAUUUGCUUUUGAUUGUUUUUGUGACUGUAGAAGUUAUUGAAAACUUUAUGUUGUGAUGCUUGUCACGAUUAUAUUCCUCAAGAAGAGACGGUGACCUAAAAAGACUAUUAAAAAGUGUGAAAUAGUAUUUUACUGUAAUUAAACAAACGCGUCGGAGAGACAUUUAAAAAUUCUCACAUAACUGCUUUAAUAUCAGUGAUAAUACCUACUAAAACAAGCCAAAAUGGAUCAAAUGCUACCCAGUCCGUACAACAUACCUGGCAUAGGUACGCCUUUACAUCAACCAGAAGAGGACCAACAGAUCUUGCCAAAUGCUAUGCAGCAACAGCAUCAGCAUCAACAACAACAACAGCAGCACUCCCUGGCCGCGAUGGGCUCGUCACCGCUCGUGGGCUUCGGCUCAUCGUUGAUGGGAACGCCGCAAAGAUCAGUUCAUACCUAUGCGCCGGCCGCUAGCUAUGCUACACCUCAGCAAAUGAUGCAGCCUCAAACACCACAAAACUUGAUGUCUCCAAUGAUUACAAGUGGCAGUUUGGCUGGCCAGCCAAUGCUAAGCCAAGCCAGUCCUGCACCAAUGACACCAAUGACUCCACACUCUGCUGACCCUGGCAUUUUGCCACAGUUACAAAAUAUUGUGUCAACAGUAAACCUUAAUUGUAAGUUAGAUUUAAAAAAGAUUGCUCUUCAUGCAAGAAAUGCAGAAUAUAAUCCAAAGAGAUUUGCAGCAGUUAUUAUGAGAAUAAGAGAACCAAGAACUACUGCACUGAUAUUUUCAUCAGGAAAAAUGGUUUGCACAGGAGCCAAAAGUGAAGAAGACUCCCGUCUAGCAGCAAGAAAAUAUGCUAGGAUUAUACAAAAGCUUGGUUUUACUGCAAAGUUUUUAGACUUCAAAAUCCAGAAUAUGGUUGGAAGUUGUGAUGUAAAAUUUCCGAUUCGCCUUGAAGGCUUAGUAUUGACACAUGGACAGUUCAGUUCUUAUGAACCUGAGUUAUUUCCUGGCCUUAUUUAUAGAAUGGUAAAACCAAGAAUAGUAUUAUUGAUCUUUGUUUCUGGGAAAGUUGUGUUAACUGGAGCUAAAGUAAGAGAAGAGAUAUAUGAAGCAUUUGAUAAUAUUUAUCCAAUCCUAAAAAGUUUCAAAAAGCAGUAAGUUUGAACUUUUUUUUGGUAGCAGUAAGUGAGUUAAUAAAUGUUCUAUUUUAUAUAUUGCA